AUGGAGUUAAUGGUACUUCUACUCCAAUACUCACUAACAAGAUGUUCCGUUUCCGUACACUAUUUCCCUUCUGCACCUUCUGAACUGAGACUAAGAUCUGUCAAGCCCAUUCAUUUAUUAAACACAAGAGACGAUAACAACGAUGACAAUCCUGAUAAUGACAACACUCCCUAUUGGGACGAUGCAAUUGAUAAAUACUUUGAUCAUCCUGACCAUAAAGACUUUCAAUCCAUCACUUAUCCCGAAUAUUUCAAAAAUUACGUUAUAAGCACCAAACAACCCAGCCAACAUUCAAGAUCUUUUCAUACCUGCGAUCGCAAAAAUAGAAUAGUUAAACGACAACAAGAAUUAUUAGGGCAUCAUUCUAUAUAUAGAAAUCAUUUUCAAUCCAUAUUUCCCAUUAGAUAUCAACAAGCAAUUGAUUCACUACGCAAAAGUCAUCUAGAAGAAAGAGACAACUUAUCAAAUGCCUAUGAAUCAGUUAUAAGAUCUCUUUUAGCCGAAUUCCAAAACCAAGAUUUAUCUAAGUUUAUGUUCGCCCAAUUUCUUUCUCUAGAAAAAUAUCCUCCACACACAAACUUCCAAUCUUCAUUAAUACUAGAUACUAAUCAAUAUAGUAUCUACAAUACAUUAUGUAAUGUCUGGGGAAAAUUUAGCAACGGAAAACAUCCUUACUUCCUUUUAACAGGUCUAGCUGGAACCAGAAAAUCAUUUAUGAUAAAUCAAAUCAUUUCAUACCUAAAGUCUAAAAACAAAAAAUGCUUAUUAAUGGCCCCCACUGGAGUCGCCGCACAAUCUAUCAAUGAUAAAACAAUCCAUUCUACCCUUAAAAUUAGACUCACCAACAACCACUACGAGACCUUACUACACC